UGCUGGCAUUAGCUGGAUGUUCACUGACACAGCAAAGCACUGUCUGCAGCUCUGCUCUGUACGAAAACGGUUGUUUUGCUGAGUGGUAAUUGCAAGAUAUGUGUACAUCUUGAGGAGGAGGGAAUCAGCUUUUCUCGUCAUACACAGGCUAAAAUGCUCCCGGACGCAUUUGGGUGCGCUGUGGCGAACAGGUAUGGGGAUCUUCUGGAUGACGAUGCUGACCCCUUCGACUCAAUAACUAAAGCAGAAAUCGAGAAGGCCAACAAGAAAAAGAAGGACAACGAGGAGAAGAAAGCCAAGCCGAAAAAACCUGGGCAGAAGGAGUCCCAGAAGGACAGACGCGUCUCUGUUGCUCCGGAGGGCCCCGACCCGGCUCCAGUCCGUAAGCAGCCGCUGCAGCAGCAGCAGCAGCCCCCACAGCAAGGACGUCCUGGACCAGUAACUGAGAGUGGGUAUGGUCGAGGGGAGUCCCAGAGGAACACAAAGAGGCCUGCUUUUGGGGAGCGCAGGGCCAACCAAGACGAGUACCCACAGGAUUUUUCCAUCCCCAAGCCUUACUAUAAUACAGAGUCCGAUCAAGGGGGCUUCAGAGGUAGAAGAGAAGGGAGAGGUGGUGGUGGUGGAGGAGGAGGGUAUGCGAGGAUCUCCGAGAACUUCAACCCGAGGGGCAAGAGAGGUUAUGAUCGACACAGCGGAACAGGUAUCUCUCCUGAGGAAAAGCGAGGAGGCAGAGGACCCUGGAACUGGGGCAGUGCUGAAGAAAAUACAGGUGAAUUAAUGGAGGUUACCCCUGAUGCUUUGAACAAAUCUGAGGAUAAGAUUCCUGCUGAGGAUGAUGAUCAGUAUCGCGCAGAAGAGGAUGGAGAGAUGGUGGUCCAUGUUGCCGUGGAGAUGACCCUGGACGAGUGGAAGGCGCUGCAGGCGACAAGUCGUCCCAAGGCAGACUUUAAUAUCCGCAAAGCAGAGGAUCAGAUUCCCACCAAAGCCAAGGUCAUCCACAAGUCAAAGAAGGUGGAGAUCAUAAAGGAGGGGAUCCUUGAAGAAGUGGAGGAUGACAGCCACUUCCUGCGUAGGUCCAUGAAUGACAUCACCUCCCUUCUGGACAUCAAUUUCGGGAGUCUUGGACGUCCCAGUCGUGGGGGUCGAGGAAGGGGAGCACGAGGUGGUCCGGCUACUCGCCCAGAGAGAGCUAAACCCGUGUUUGAGAGGGAGGAGGACUCGGCUCCUAACCCCGAUGACCCAGAAGACUUCCCAGCACUGUGUGCAGGAAAAUAACUGAGUUCACUUCUCCUGUGGGGAAUAGUGGUUGCACUUAACAAUGUUAAAAAAAGAACAUUUAAUGUCUCUACUGUUCUUAAGGUUGGGGUUUUAUUGUACUGGAUUUAUUUUGUUCUGUUGCACUGUUCGGCAUUUGGAGAAUAAAUGCUUUUGCAAGUUUA